AUGUCACGCUGGAGUUUCAGCAUGGGUUCAGCCUAUCAGUUCCACAGCUGGAGAGUGUUUGUGGUGGUGUGUGCGCUGCCGUGUGUCUCUGCAGUGGUCGCUCUCACUUUUAUGCCUGAAAGCCCCCGCUUCUUACUGGAGAAUGGUAAACAUGACGAGGCCUGGAUGGUGCUCAAACAAAUCCAUGACACCAACAUGCGCGCCCGUGGAGAGCCUGAGAGAGUGUUCACUGUCAACAGGAUAAAAGUCCCCAAGCAGCUGGACGAGCUGGUGGAGAUGCAGAAUGAGUCAGCCAACCCCGUCCUCAAAGUCCUCUACAAGAUCAAGGCUGAGCUCAGAGGAAUCUGGUUGACUUUCAUGAAAUGCUUCGACUACCCAGUGAAAGACAACACUAUAAAGCUGGCUAUAGUCUGGUUUACUCUAUCAUUUGGGUACUACGGGCUCGCCGUCUGGUUCCCGGACGUCAUCAAGCACCUCCAGGCCGACGACUACGCCUCCAGAGUGAAGAUCCACAACAACGAGCGCAUCGAAGACUUCACCUUCAACUUCACCCUGGAGAACCAGAUCCACAGGAACGGCAUGUUUCUGAACGACAGGUUCAUCAGUAUGAAGAUCAGGUCAGUCACAUUCAUCGACUCGUCCUUCCUCAACUGCUACUUUGAAGACGUCUCCUCCGUAGGGUCCUACUUCCAAAACUGCACUUUUGUCGAUUCCUUCUUUUACAACACAGAUGUUGACGAUGCCAAACUGACAAAUUCAAGAGUGAUCAACAGCUCCUUCCACCACAACAAGACGGGCUGUCAGAUGACGUUUGACGCCGACUACAGCGCCUACUGGGUCUACUUUGUCAACUUCCUGGGAACGCUGGCUGUGCUGCCCGGCAACAUCGUCUCUGCGCUGCUCAUGGACAAAAUAGGACGUCUCAGCAUGUUAGGAGGCUCCAUGGUGCUCUCAGGCAUCAGCUGCUUCUUCCUGUGGUUUGGCACCAGCGAGUCCAUGAUGAUCUUCAUGCUGUGUCUCUACAACGGCCUCAGCAUCUCCGCCUGGAACUCGCUGGAUGUCGUCACCGCUGAGCUGUACCCGACAGACAGGAGGGGCACAGGCUUCGGCUUCUGCAAUGCCAUGUGUAAGCUGGCGGCGGUGCUGGGCAACCUGAUCUUUGGCUCUCUGGUUGGCAUCACCAAGGCGAUCCCCAUCCUGCUGGCCUCGUCUGUGCUGGUUGCCGGCGGGUUGGUGGGGCUCCGACUGCCAGACACACGGGCCAAUGUCCUCAUGUAAACCUCCACACAGGACAGAGUGUUGUUUGCCAGGUAUUUACUCAGUUUACUGAAUAACAAUUCUUUAAUGGACUGAUUUAUUUGAAGCUGCCAUAAUUUUUGUAUUUAUUAUUUGCUGAAGAAUGUUGACUGUGUUCUCAAACAGGACAAGGGUGUGUUAUUAUGUUAUUUCUGAGUAAAAACCUGGUAAACAAUAAAAGAUAAUGAGUUGCAGUUUGACUUCCCAAUGAGCUGUAGAUAUAAAGAGUUUGGAGAAAACAAUGAAAGGUUAGAAAUGUACGAAGUGUACGUGGCUGGUUGCCAAAGCGCUGGGCAUUCAUGCAGAAAUUAAAAUGCUACUGCUCAGAAACAAGUAAGAAUUGUCGGUGGUGAUGAAACUCUGAAUAUCAGCAGCUCAUUAGCUGUUUUCACACAUGCAGCACACAAAUAUGUGUAAAAACUGCAAAAGGCUUGGACUUCCCACUACCUUCCACUUCAAAAUCUCUAUUAGAUGUACUCAGAUUAAAGGGAUAGUUUGAGCUUUUGGGACCCAUGAUUAUUCAAAGCUCACAUUAGCAGCUGCUUAGCUUAAUUUAAAGACAGGAAACACAGGGAAUAGCUAACCUGUCCGAUGGUAAAAAAUCUGCCUAUCACAUUAAGCUCACUUAUUUACCUUUUUUCAUAUCAUCCUGUACCAAAAAAAAGUAGCUUGACCAUUGGUCAUUUUAUGUGGUUAGGGGCCAGAUUUCUUGGUCAGUAACUUUGCAGUGCUGUUGCUUUUCGAACAGAUUUACCCACAAAAUGCAUAAUUCUAUUAGUGAGCUUCCGAAGUGCUGAUAAGUAUAUUUUGUUACUUUAGUUUGAACAGAGCAAGGCUAGUUGUUCUCCUAUGUUUCCAGUGUUAGUGCUAAGCUAACUAGCAGCUAGCGGUAGCAUAAUUACAUUACAAACAUUAGGAGUGCUUUCGCUCAAUUGCAUCCAACUCUGAGCAAGAAUGCUAAUAAGUGUGUAAAGUUCAGGUAAAUGUCAAACUAUUCCUUUAAGUAAAACAAUAUUUUUAACAAACAUUUAUGUGAUCAGACUUGUUUUUAUGUAUAUUUAUAUAUUUAAUAAUUUAUGAUUGUUAUUGCCAGUGUGCUUUUUCGAGUUGAAAGGCCAGACAUUGAAGGUUCUUUUUUUCCUCUGUUAUUACACCUGUGAUUCCAUAUGAUUGGCGACGUUCAAGCCUUUUGCUGCACAUUUUAAGAAUGACAAGGCCAUAAGAAAAAUAUAUAAAUAAAUAAAGUAGUUUAGUCAAAACCGGCAACUUCAACAGUUACAUUUCUAAAGUGAAAAAAAGUUUACAUUUUCUGCUUCGUAGAGCAAGAGACUUUUGGGAUUUGAAACCUGUUUGUCUGAAUGCUUCCUUUCUCCCUCUUUCGUGUCUGUGUCGUGUUUCGUCUCGUGGCGCCGAGCUCACCGCGAAGGGCUUUGCUCUCCGUUGCAAUCCAAUCUGUAAAAAAGGAAUUUAUACGCUGUUGAAAUCUGCACUCCUCCCUGUUUUGGUUUAUUGUCUCACUGUCCUGGUGUAUCUUUCCCAGUCUUGCCCUCUUGCUUUGUUUAGCUCCUCCUGCCUUGCUGCUGCUCCCCCAUACAACUCAAAGGCCUUUCUCAAAUGUCGUGCCUCUUUCUCCAUUGAGCCCGUCUCUUCUUCCAAACCUUUGCUGGAAGCUUUGCUGCUCUGUCCUGCUUUUUAUCGGCUUUGCAUCUCUUGAUACUGCAGUGUUUAUGAGUGUGUGUUUGAGUGUGUGUGCCAGACAAACCCUGAUAAGAUCAGUGAGCUUCUUUUUUGUUUUAUUUUCUACACCAGGGAGUGUUUUUUGGAAGAUUUUAACAAAAUGAUGAAGUGAAAUUAAAAGCCAUGCUUAAAUGAUCAGUUCACCCAAAUUCCCCCAAAACAUGCCAUGCAAACACUUAAUGUGGAUCUCAUCAAGACAGAGAAAGUCAUUUGGAUUUAUCCUCUAGGGUCAAUGAGUGUUUGUACAACAUUUCAUAAUAAUUCAUCCAAUGUUUCUUGAGAUAUCUCACUCAAAAGCAGAAAUGUCAACCUCAUAAUUGAGCUAGAGUAAACGUCAGGGGAUUAGAAAAGUCAUUAGAAUCCACCUUCUGGAGACCAUUAAUGUUUGUUCAACAUUUCAUGAUAAUUCAUGUAAUAUUUGUCAAGAUGUUGACCAACAUUUCCCUUCCUUGAACAACACCUAGAUGUACUUUUCUAAAAAACAGUGUCCCUACUCUAGAAAACCCACAUACAUAUUUCCAGAGGGAUUCUUUUAUCUGUAAAAAGUAGAUCCCAUGAAAGGAGUGAGGUCCUUCAGAUGAGCUCAGAUGUUGUUUCUGGAAAGAGACACUGUUGAGAUUUUCACCAAACAAUAUGUAACUCACCUUCAUUUAAAUGAAAUGCUGGGAGAAACCUCAGAGACAGAUAUCCGGGAAAAUACAACUACAACUAGAUACUAUCUCUGCUAAGUAAAUACAAAAAUAUGUUUUUUUGUAAUUUGGGUGAACAGACCCUUUAAAACCUCUAAUGAAUGGAACUUUUGCUGCUACAAUGUUUAAAAAAGGAAAAAAGGUCAUUUGUAAAAUAUAAAAUGUUAUCUUCUGGGUUUGCAAAAUGUCAAAUAACACAAAACUAAAGUACUGUUUAUUCAGUUCUUUUUUGUUGCUUAUAUCAUAUUUCUUACUCUGGAAAUGUGUGCGGUACAUAGGCUCCUACAUGCAGCAUUUUCAGUUUUUUUCUUACUGAAAUGCAAUUGUUUUGAGAUCUGGUUUCCUGAUGUUUGAUUCUUUAUCUCCGUCCAACAUCCCCCUCCACCUGUGCAGAAAAAACUCACUGUUUGCAAAAAGAAAUCCUGCAUGUUUGUUACUGAAGUCCUUCUGUUGUGUGUGCUUUUUCCAUCUUGGUGUCUUCGCUGUUCCUCUGCGAGGGGAAACAGACAUGCGAUUCCCGGGUCAAAGGUGAAUGUAUCAUUCUCGUGUGUCGUCAGGUUGGUUGUGGACAGGUGUUCAUUAUACUGAGUUGACUUCUAUGUCAUUGUGAAAGGGCAUGCCAGUGUUGAGAUGACUGUAUGUACUACACGAUGUUACCCAUCAGGGGUGGUCAAAUCUGCUUUUUGUUGUGAAGGUUUCCAGGCAGAUUCAUCAUGAAGUCACUGAAGCAGGAAUGACAUUUCCAGAGUUAUGACUUUCAGAUUUUAAAACCUCUGCUGUCAAACAAUAUGUGAAGGUGUGUGUAAAAACAAUAACCUGUCCUUGAUAUGAUUUAUUUUGUUAAGAAAAGGCUCAAGUGAAUGCAGUGUAAAGGUGGAUUCCUCUGGUGUCUACAUAUUGAAUAAAGAGUUUCAUUUGAAUAGCUGUCGGGCAUUCAUUGUGCAAGAAUAAAUAUGGCCUCAUUCACUUACACCAGCAGAUGGCGACAUUUAUACAACAUUAACCAUGUGCGCUUAUGAGGUGCUUUCUAUAUGUCUUUAAAAUACGCUAAUUCAAAGAUUUAUUGGACAAAAUAGCAGAUUGAUUUUUUUUCCAAAUUGGUUGAACCUUUAGAUUAACCCCUCAAUUUCAAUAAAAAAAAAAACAUGAAGAUAGCUUGUGCCUCUAAACUGAAAUGUCCCAACAUUUGCUGCAUUCAUUU